AUGGCGCUAGGAAAUAGGUUAGGCUUUAUGGAGUCCGAUUUGCUGGCUUAUAUGAUAGACGGCUUCGACAACCCGCCACUGCAGGCUCAAGCCAAAAUGAACCAAUUUAAGGAUUUAGCAACCUUGCUAGGUGUAAUGAACGAGCUGACAGCGGAGGAACGCGGAUUCAAUAUGAUGCCGCCUAAGAGGGUACAGCCAACAGUGUUUCCUAGAGUGGAACCACAAGGCACAUAUCCUCCGGUGAGGUGUUUUAAUUGUGGUGGAGUGGGACAUAUGGCCUCCAGGUGUAUCAUACCGAAAAAUGAUGGAGUGGCGUGCUACAAAUGUGGCUCAAAGGAGCAUCAGCAGAGGUUUUGCAAAAUUGUCCGGAAUACGGCGCAGGUUGCGCCGGACAGCACCACACUAUUAGUAAACCCCAUACCGGCCUACAAGGUGAAAACGAGAGUGUUUGACGUUGAGUUCGAUAGUGUGAUAGACUCGGGCUCAGCGAUAUCAAUUAUCAAGCGGUCUUGUGUGCCUAAUGGAGUACCAGUGGAGGCAUGGAGCGCAGGAGCCGGGUUCGAGGGCAUUAACCAUGCGAGGUUAGAUGUUGAAGAUAUUGCGAAACUACGGCUGACGUUUCCGGAGCAUGGAGCAGAAGUGCCACUAACUUUGCAUGUAAUACCAGAAAAUACUAUGAAUGCGUCAUGUUUAUUGGGGCGAGACAUGAUUCAGCACAAAGAUUUGGAGGUAAAUAUUGGAAGAGUGAGUUUAAAUAUAUCGGAGGAAAACGACUAUGGCGUGGUAGCGACAGUAGAAGACCUGGUAAGAAAGGAAUAUUUGGAGAGUGAGAAACCGGACGAACCAGAGACUGCAUUCGAAAUGUCAAUUGUACUGAAGCCGAGUGCCUCACCAUUUUAUGUAGUGCCCAGGAGGAUAUCGUUCUAUGAAAGAGGUCAGGUGGGUGCCAUCAUACAAGAUUUGUUGGAUAGGGAAAUUAUAAGGGAAAGUUACCAUAUAGACGUGAAUGGCAUAAGGCCGAGUGAUGCAAACAUUGAGGCGAUUGUAGAUAUACCCAUUCCAAAGAUAUUCAGAAAGUUAAGGAGCUUUAUAGGCCUAGCCAGUUAUUUCCGUAAGUUUAUUAAGGACUUUAGUGUUAAGUGUAAGCCAUUGUAUGAUUUGUGUAAGAAUGGUGAAAACUUUGUGAUUGACGGUGAUGUAGUGGAAGCCAUAAACAAUAUUAAGAAUGAAUUAGUGAAUAAACCAGUGUUAGCGAUUUACUCACCUAGUGCGAUAACAGAACUACAUGCGGACGGUAGUGCGAAGGGUUAUGGAGCAGUACUUGUGCAAAAGCGAAAUCGCACCCAGUCUGCUACUAUACUGGUGACCGAUUGUAACAUCCUGAAGCUGGCUCUACAGAAGAAGGAAAUAAAUCCAAAAUUAUUGAGGUGGUCGCUAGUAUUGUCGAAUUAUGACUAUGAGCUAGAGCAUCGCGCAGCGGCAAGGAUGCAGCACGUCGAUGCACUUAGCAGGUGCCAUGAACUACUAGUAAUCGAAGAGAACAGCUUUGACCGAGUAGUGGCGAUAAGACAAGGCCAGGAUCCGUUGAUUAGGCAAAUUCGAGAUGGUUUGGAGAGAGAACAGCAUCAGCUGUAUAAACUAAGGGACGGAUUAGUGUACAGAAAGUUCAAGGAGAGGCUUUUAUUUUUGGUGCCGUCAUUAAUGGUAGGAGAGGUGUCUAGAUUAAUGCAUGAACAGCUAGGGCAUGCAGGCGUAGAGAGGACGGCGAUGACAUUGAGAAAACAAUAUUGGUUCAGCAAUAUGAACCAGAUAGUAAAUGAGGUUAUACAUAAAUGCUUAAAGUGUAUUGCCUUUUCAAGCUGGAAGGAGGAGCGAGACGUAAAAUUAGUGCACAUAGCUGCAGGAGCGCCUAGGGCGAAUGGAAAGGUGGAAAGAGCAAACCGAACAAUCGUUCCAAUGUUGGCGAAAUACAUAGAAGAUUUAAGCGGUUGGGACGCAGUUCUGUAUAAGGUAGAAUACGUCUUGAAUAAUGCGGUGUGUAAGAGCACGGGUGAGACCCCCAAUAUUCUAUUAUUUGGAGUGACACAAUGGAGAGAAGUUAGGGAUGAAGUGAGAGAUUAUCUGCUGCAGAAUGAGUCGUAUGACAAGGACGAAAUUAGAAAGCAGACGAUAGAAAGGGGGCAAGAUUAG